AUGGGUGUCAAUUGGAUAUUUGUUGUUUCCAGUCUUUGUGCCAUUGGCUACGCCCAGGGCACACAGCAUGUACUCGGCUCGCCCAGCUCACUCAGUUUAUCUGGGAACUCGUACCAGUGCCAGAAUGAGCCAAAUCCAAGAACCUUAGGUGUAACACCCUCAGUGGUCUGCACAGACUCGUCGCAAGAUAACCACAACUGCUCCUGCACGUGUACGAACGGUAUUAUCUUCGAACAACCUCUUGAGUCCUCACUUCAGGGCACGAGACGAAGACGUGGCCGGCGGGAAGAGGAAUUCAGGGCCGAUCUGGAGCAGAAAGAGCAACAAAGUCUCAAGCAGGAAGAAGAGCUCAAGGCCGAACUCGCGCAUAAAGACGAUGAAUAUCUCCAGCGGGAACAGGAUGCCAAAAUUUUAUACCACAAGAGCGAAAAACACUCAUCAACUAUCAUGGCUGCUACACCAGACGAGGAGUUAUUCGAGAAUGUCGCUCCACGUGAUUACGCCUUUUUCGCUGUUGGGGGCACCACUUGUUGGUGUGGGAAGAUCAUGACCCUUCCGCAGGUUGCUAUCAGCAGUCAGGAGUGUAAUUACAAGUGCAGUGGCGAUCCUAGUCAAAAGUGUGGCGGUUUGGACAGAUCAAGUUGGUACUCUAAAAAAGUCUAA